AUGGAGUCUCGCAUCAGCGUGGGUGGUAUGACGUGCGCUGCGUGUCUGGGCUCGGUCACCGAGGCUUUGGAGGCUGUGCUUCAUGGCAGCGAUGUUGAUGCCAAAACUUUGGUGGAUGCAGUUGAAGAUUGUGGUUUCGAUGCACUGCUUGAUUCUUCCACUCCGCUACCGUCUAAGCUGGUCACCACGAAGAUCGGCGUUUCCGGAAUGACCUGUGGAGCAUGCUCCCUGAGUGUCACAGAGGCUUUAGAAAGUCUUCUGGGAGUCGAGCUGGCUUCUGUGUCGCUUCUUACCAAUACGGCAUCGGUGAAGCAUUCUUCUGCGGUCGGUGCAGAGGAGCUUUUAGGAGCCAUCGAGGACUGCGGUUUUGACGCUACAUUAGAGUCGACAGGCGGUGCACCUCCAGUGGUUCCACAGAGCUUGCUUACUAGUAAUUUCACCGUCACUGGAAUGACGUGUGGCGCGUGCCUGGCUCUGAUCACUGAGGCCUUGGAGAGCUUCCCUGAGGUUGUCUCGGCCUCUGUAUCCAACGUCACUGACUCCGCUGUGGUGAACCACACACAAGAUAUCACUGCCGAGAGACUCAAAAGCGCUAUUGAGGAUUGCGGAUUUGAUGCUGUCAUCAACUUCACCUCACUGCUCGAGAAGGAGGAGGAAGUCGAGGAGCAAGCAAUCCUCCAGAUCUACGGUAUCGACGAUUCCUCCGACACCUCAGCUCUCCAUUAUAAUGUCGAGGCUGUACUUAAUAGUUUGGCCGGUGUCACUGAUUUCCUGUUCAUCUUCAAGGGCCAGAUCGAGGAAUCCACUAUGGACCUCGAGAACGAUGCCGAGGGUGCCGAACAUGCUAUAGACGAGCUUCGGGUAUCUUACAUGGGCAACAUGCUAGGCGUCCGUGUGCUUGUGGACGCCCUUAAUAACAUCGAUGACGAACAUCAAUUCGUCAUUCUCAACUCGAUCGACCAGUCGCUCAACACCCAGUUGAAACUCCUAUCUAGAAGCAAGGAGAUCAGCUACUGGCGGUCCACCUUCUACUGGUCACUUGUGUUUGGCCUUCCUGUUAUUGUCCUCAAUGUGACCCAAAGCAUGUCCCUCUGGCGCAAACUCAUGGUUUUCAACGGCCUCUAUGUGGUGUCGGUUAUCCAGUUGGCACUCACAUCAUUCAUAUUGUUCACAUUGGGAUCUGUAUUCUUCAAGAAGAUGGCCGGCUGCAUUCGUCGUAAGGGUAAGAAUGCCAAUAUGGACGUUCUCGUGUGCAUGUCGACCCUGAUGGCAUAUAGUUUCUCCGUCUACUCGAUAGUUUUGAGUGUUUGGACAGGCCAAACAGAGAAGCCACCAAAAGUGUUGUUUGAGACAACAGCUAUGCUUAUCUCAUUCAUUUCAUUCGGCAAGUGGAUGGAAAACAAGGCGAAGGGAGCCACCUCAACUGCCCUUUCGAAGCUUGUCUCGCUUACUCCAACAGUAUGUUCCAUCGUCACUGACUCGUCUGCUUAUCUGCUGCUCCUUCUGGAGCGUGAUAAUGAGAAAGGUGCAAACGAAGAGCUUGCAGACCUUCCUACUAGAGAAAUCGGUAUCGACCUUUUGCAGACAAAUGAUAUUGCUGUGGUUACUGCUGGUGGCAAGAUUCCAGCUGAUGGUGUUAUUGUCCAUGGCUCAACAGAAGUUGAUGAGUCUUUCAUCACCGGUGAGUCUAUGCCUGUGCUCAAAAAGAGAGGCGAUACUGUCAUUGGUGGCUCCAUCAACGGCCCACACUUAAUUCACAUGAGAGUCACCAGGGCGGGUAAGAACUCACAAUUGCAUCAAAUCAUUGACAUCGUUAAGGAGUCGCAGGUCAGCAAAGCGCCUGUUCAAAGAUAUGCGGAUUACAUUGCUGCUCGUUUCGUUGCCGCCGUGUUGAUACUUUCCAGCAUCACAUACGCCUUAUGGUUUGUCCUUUGCUCUUACAUUCAUGAUGACAAGCUUCCAAAGGCAUUCAGAAACGAAGAGAAUGGAAAGUAUUUCGUUUGUUUGAAACUUGCCAUUUCCGUUAUCGUUGUGGCAUGUCCUUGUGCUUUGGGUCUUGCUGCACCAACAGCUGUCAUGGUUGGAACAGGUGUUGGCGCAUCUCGCGGUGCUCUCAUCAAAGGAGGUGAUAUUUUAGAAAAGGCUAGCGGCAUCAACGUUAUUCUCUUUGACAAGACGGGAACAUUGACGUCUGGCGAAAUGACUAUUUCAAGCGCAAAACCAAUUCUUGAUGACCUCAAAAUCUCUCCAAGAGAUUGGUGGACAUUGGCUGGUUCUGUCGAAAAGAACUCCGAGCAUCCUACCGGUAAGGCUAUUGCAGCUGGAGCCAAGCAGAAACUCGGUCUUACUUUUGAAGGUGACACCUUUAGUACCACUAUCCAAGACUUCGAAGUGAUGACCGGCUUGGGUGUGAAAGCCAAAGUUGCCUUAGAUAAUCAGAUUUUUGAUGUUGUUAUCGGUAACAAGCGCUUGAUUGUUCGUGACUUCCCGGAGAGCAGAGAGCAUCUUGCCACUGUGUUGGAAAAUGAUCUCAAAGAUUCCAUCUCGACAUGCGCCCAUGUUGUUAUCAAUGGCACAUACGCGGGAUAUCUCGAGCUCGUUGAUACAAUUAAAGAAGGUGCUCGUGAGGUCAUCGACUACAUCAGAGAUGUUGAAAAUAUUCAGGUCGCCAUAGUCACGGGUGAUAGUGACGAAGUCGCCGUGAGAAUCGGGUCGCAAUUAGGUGUUCCAAAAGGCAAUAUUUUCAGUGAGGUGUCGCCGCUCGAAAAGGACAAGGUUAUUGUCGAUUUGAGAAAGAAAUUCGGAGGCCCAAAAAAUAUCUCAAUUGCCUUUGUCGGCGACGGUAUUAAUGACGCGCCUGCGUUGGUGCAAGCCGAUAUUGGUAUGGCGAUCAGUAGCGGAACUGAUAUUGCCAUUGAUUCUGCCGAAAUUGUUUUGAUUGGUCUGAAGAACUCGCUGCAGAAUGACUUGGCCGGUGUCAUCACCGCCUUGAAGGUGUCGGAGGCCACGUUCACCAAAAUCAAGCUCAAUUUUAUUUUUGCUACCAUCUACAAUUUUGUUAUGUUGCCGUUUGCCAUGGGAUGCUUCCUUCCGUUUAAUUUGAUGCUCCCACCGGCAGCGGCGGCCGCUGCUAUGGCUUGCAGUUCCGUCAGUGUGGUUCUCAACUCGUUGAUGCUUCGCAAGUGGAAGCCACCAAUUCUCACCAACUUGGACAAGGACUUCAAGCUCGAGGAAGCGGCUAUGGGCGACCAGUUCACCCUUAAGCACUCCUCGCUUGAAGAUUUUAAUGCGAUCAAGCGAGGCAGUUACGGCAAAUCGUGGUUCCCACGCGGCAUUAUUCUGAGAUUGAGAAGAAGAAUUAUUUUGAGGGGCCAAGGCAGCUCCUACGAAAUGUUGCCCACGUCUACCUAA